AUGUCGCUACUCAUGCCAGAUAGACCUGCGUCGUCUGCUACGUCCUUGGCAUCUAGAUACCGUCCAGAGUUGUCAUGGGAUCAGAUUGUGUCUGCAGAAAUUGCCAGUGUGACGAGCAGCAUGCGUCGUAAUGCUCGCUGGAGUAUUGACCGGAACCAUAGGCAGGACUCGCUGAUUCAAGCAACUCUGAAUCAGCAAAACCAUCGGCAGAAUAAUGCAGAACAGGAUGACAGUUCUUCUCCUCAUCUCACCGCCGGUCGAACAAACGGUGCCUCUGGCUCAAACGCUUAUGAUUAUCUCGCUGAUAUUUCAUUGCGUGAAAGCUCUGGGCUUGAAUACCUUCGCAUGUUCACUGAUCUGGCAUCAAGGCGUGAUCCUUCUUUACGGGCUGGUCCAUUUCCAACUCUACCUGAGAGUUUGUUGUUGCAAGGCUUUUCUCGACUUAAAGCAAGACUGACCAUUAUCCAAAAUUUGCGCGAUCUUGACCCUUUGCAUUUAUUGGAUCCUUUCUUGAAUGUCAUCAAAAGUGGCGAAACAAAUGGUCAUAUUACUGGUGUAGCUCUUGAAAGUGUCGAAACAUUCAUCAACUAUCAUCCUCACCAUCCAGAUCUUUCCAGUGCGGUUGUUGCGCUUGCUGAUGCUGUCACCCAUUGCAGAUUCGAAGGAACAGAUAUUGUUUCCGACGAAGUCGUCUUAUCUCGUGUUUUGCGUCUUUUUCGAACUAUUGUUCUUUCCGAUGCCGGGAAAAAGUGUUUAGAUGACAAGUCUCUGUGUGCUAUGGUGGAGGUAUCUUUUGGAAUUCACUAUCCAUCACGUAUCAGUGAAAUGCUUCGAAAAUCAGCAGAAGAAACCUUGCUGGUGCUUGUUCAAAGCGCUUUUGAGCGUCUUGCAGUCAUUACAAAGGAACGUGAACAUCGACAGACUUUGAAAUCCAAAGUUUCAAUGAGUCGUGGCUUACGGAAUCACGCAUCAUCUACUCUUAGCGAGGACUACAUUUCUCCACUCAGAUAUGGCGGACUAGAAAAUGAAACCAGUCAGAGUGAGUUGAUCGACUUCAAUUCAUCUCCAAAUCGACAGCAAAAGGAAUUGACGAAUUCCUCGCAAGACUUGACAGCUGUUUCUUCACAACCCUUUGGGCUUCCUGCUAUUUUGGAGAUUACUCGAGUAUUGAUUACUUUGAUUGAUCCUUCAAACAGAACACAGACAGAUAGUCUACAUCGCGUUUUAGGUCUGCGUUUACUGCGACGUGGGCUUGAGAUCUCUGGCAAGUCUUUAGGAAAAUGGAUUGGCUUUGGCUAUGCAGUGAGUGAGCAAUUAAAAAAAACACCUGAAAAAUCACGCAAGCCUGAAGUCACUCGACGAACAAGCUGUUCUAUGGAAAUGAAAAUCACUACUGAACACCCUGCACAAGUCGUUAGUGUACAUCCCAAUGGAGAUAUGCUUCAUUCGGAUGGAUUACAUCGCAUUGUAGACGUAGGCAGUCCUCAGUUGAUUCCCGAAUUGAGAAAUAACGAGGUCACAGACAUAACCUUGGACUCUACUAGUCUGAGUGAUGAAAGCGAGCAACCAUUGUUGGAUAAAAAAACUCACGAGACAAUUGCAUCUGAACAGACUUUGGCACCAGAUAUCACUUUGAAACAAGAUUUGACGUGUGAUGAUAAGAAACCGUUACUGGAAGACACUGAGCAAGAUCUUGAAAACAAUGCUUCUCUUUUGACGACUACUCAUCAAGAACUGCAUGCUGACUUACAUGCUGAUUUUCAGCGUAUGGCUAUUAGUUUAAGAGAUAUGAUUACCAAUGAUCUUUGCAAACAUCUUUUUUUACUUUUAUACAACUCCAAUGUGACAUUCACCAAUCCGCCUUCUUGGCAAACUCUCUCGCUACUUACGCAGCUUUUAAAAACAAUUUUGGCGCUUUUUAACACAGUUCGCGAGUAUUUAUUUCCACAACAGCAAUGGCUUAUUCAGUUUCUAAUCCAGCAGUGCGUGUCUGGUGUUGUUGGUUGGGAUAUCGAAGAUUGGGCUACUCCAAGUGGUUCAUUCAAUGACUAUGUUCGCUCUCGUGGUGAAACUUCCCCUGUAUCUGGAAAUCAGCGUCUUGGCUAUGAGAUUAUUGUUGGUGAAGUGCGUGAAAUCUAUCUUGAAACUCUUCUUCAGCUAGCUCGAUCCCCUUCGUUUUUUGUGGAUAUGUAUGUGUACUAUGACAGCGACAUGAUGUCUUCUUGCCAUCUGUUUGAAGAAUUGUUGGGAUUUUUGUCAAAAUCCUCUUUUCCAGAUCUCACACCUGGUGGACCAGCCACAUCUAGUAUCCAUCAAGCACAAUGCUUUGACGGUUUGCUGCUGUUUUUGAGACGUUUGGUCGAUCGACGCAACAUGAUUGGUCGGCUUCCCGAAGUCUUAUCCCACAACAUUUUUGAACCAAAGCCCAGCAAUGCAGCUGUUUCGGAUCUGUUUUCUGGUACUGAACAAGAAACCGCCGCAUAUGCUCCUCAAACACUAGUAAAUAAUCGCAAACGAAAGCGAAUCAUGAGUGAAGGCGCGGCAAAAUUCAAUGCUUCAUUAAAAGAGGGAAUCAAGUUUUUCCAAGAGCAUGGGAUUUUGCCUGAUCCUCUUACGCCCAUUUCCAUGGCUCAUUUUUUUGCAUAUACGCCCAAUUUAAGCAAAAAGUUUAUUGGUGAAUAUUUUUCAAAGCCGCAAAAUGUAGAAACGCUUGGGUUAUUUGUCGAACUAUUUGAUUUUCAUGGCAAGCGAAUUGACGAGGCAAUGCGAAUUUUACUGGAAAAGUUUAGGAUUCCUGGCGAGUCUCAGCAAAUUGAGCGAGUAAUGGAUGCAUUUUCAAAAUGGUAUUUCGAGUCUAUCCAAGACGACCCCAACCGUGAGAUUGCUACAGAAAGCGACACCGCGGUGCUUGCAUUUUCAGUCAUUAUGCUGAAUACUGAUCAACACAACCCACAAGUCAAACGACGCAUGACAUUCCAUGAUUAUUCCCGUAAUGUGCGUGGACUCAAUAGUGGCAAAGACUUUUCAAUAGACUAUCUCAGGGAAAUAUAUGAUGCAAUCAAGCACACAGAAAUUGUAAUGGCUGAAGAGCAAGGAGGCGAGCUGAGUUUUAAUUUCAAGUGGCGACAAAUCUUGGCUCGUGCACCUGAGAUUGUUCAGCUUUCAAAUCGAGAUACGACAGUUUACAAUAAGGACAUGUUUAUAUCUAUAUGGGGGCCUAUGCUUGCUGCUAUUUUCUAUACGUUUGACAAUGCAGAGGACAAUAUGUCGCUUCAAAAGGCAAUUGCUGGAGUACAGCACUGCGCAGUACUUGCAUCACACUAUGAUCUUUCUCAUGUAUUUGAUUAUAUUAUUAUAUCACUACUACGAAUGACUGGGUUGAACAAAUCCAGUCGUGUUCUUCCUGUAGAAAAAGACAUUGCUGCGUUGCAGCUGAUGUUUGAGCCUCAGCUGCUAGAUACUGCUUCUUUGUCCGACUCGGAGCUUACACUCUUGCGACGUCGCGAGCGUGCACAUCAGCCUGAUCGCUGGCUAGUUGAUUUUGGAGGCAAUUAUCGAGGACAGGCAGCAGCGGUUCUUGCAUUCAAUCUUGCUAGUGACUAUGGCAAUACGAUUCGCGAGUCCUGGAAGCAUAUUAUUUAUUCAAUUGGAAAUCUAUUUCUUCAUCAAAUUCUUCCAAUAUCUUUGCUGGCUGUUGAGCAUUUUGGACAUGACAAUGUUCUCAUUCCACGAGUUAAGCCUUCUACUUUAAAUAAGCAGGCCAACGAGGUGACAUCUACUCGCAAGGAGGCUGGCAUAUUCUCCACUCUAUCCCAGCUACUUUCUUUGGGCUCACAGCAAUACAACGACGACUAUGAUCUUCAUCCAGACGAUAUAGUUUAUGAACGCAUGGCAUCAGAGUGUGUCACCUUGUGCAGAAUCGAAGAACUGAUUGCAGAUACAAGGUUUCUGGAGGAACCUACUCUUACAAAUCUGGUGACUACAUUGAUUGAAGCGUGCUACACGGAUCCAGUAAAAAUGGAUGGAGCACAUAAUUCAUUGGCCGAUCAGCAGCCACUUGUGAAAGAGCCCGUUGCUUCACAGGACAAAGUAUUUUCUGAAUCGUGUGUAUUUCAGCUUGAGCUGCUGCUCAAUAUUACGCUACGUAACCGUGAUCGUAUCCAAAUUCUCUGGCCACAGAUUUCGGCUCAUCUGAUGGAAGUAUUCAGCAAUCCCACUUUUGCACCUCCUGCUUUCCUUGAUCAUGCUGUUUCCUGUUUACUCCGUCUUUUAUUGCGCCUACUUCACGUGGAGGAGAUUCAGACGGAGAUCUUUGGACUAUUGGAUAAAGUAUCCAAAUUCCCCGCUGAUCUAAUGCAUGCAGUUGGCGAAUCUCUUGUUGCUGGUCUCUUGUCUGUUUUAAUGACCAACAUUUCGAUUGUUGCCAAACAUCAGUCUCGUUGGUUGACUGUUUUGCAUGUUCUCUCGGCGACCUCGAGCCAUCCAGGUGCUGCCUCAUUUGGAUUCGAAGCUGCUUGCCUGCUUGUUUCCAAUCAUCCCGACUCACCAGUCACUGCAGAUAAUUUUGGCGAGUGUGUUGAUUUGCUUAUUUCAUUUGUAACUGCUACUGCUUCCAGCACGGGUGCCAUCACUACUUCUACAGAGCUGCAACCUUUGAUUUCAAAUGUGCAAAUCGGUCAUGUUAGCGGUCACACAUCACCUGCUCGCGUAUCUGUUCGUGAACAACGAUCACAGACGGAAGCAAGAUCGCCUCUUUUGGUACAUCGUGCCGAGCCUAUUUGUUCAACCCAGUUAUCACCGUUAGAUAGAGCUUUGAUGGCAAUAGAGAAACUGUAUAAACUUCAGACCAAGAUUCCAAAACUAAUCGAGACCACUGGGAUACAAUCCAAACGAGCCUGGUUUGAGUUUUGGCUCCCAGUUUUAUCAGGACUAAGCCAACUUUGUUACCACCCACUACGCGAAGUACGACAACAAGCACUCACACUCCUUCAACGCAGCUUACUUUCAACCGAGUUGGAAAUGAGUUUAGGUGAAACUGCAACCAUUGUUUCUGUCGAGUGUCGUGUCGACUGCUUUGAUAACGUGUUAUACCCACUGCUGGAUGAGCUACUCAGACCAGAAGUUUAUCGACUCAAUCCACAUGGAAUUGAAGAAACACGUGUGAGAGCAGUCGCAUUGCUUUCCAAAAUCUUCUUGAGGUUUAUGCCACUGCUAGUCAACAGUAAAGAAUUACCACGGAUCUGGGUCCGUAUUCUCCAGUAUGUGUGUCAGUUUCUUGGUGCUGGCGGACGACAGCGCCGUGAAUUUGUGGUUGAAGGAGUUCAAGAAUCGCUCAAAAAUCUGUUGCUGGUGCUUUCGGCAGAAGGGAUUCUUUGGCAGCCCAAAUCCACAGACAAUCCAGCAGAUGUAAAUCUGUGGGAGCUAACGUGGUCUACUAUUGGCCAAUUUCUUCCCAGUCUGCAAGAUGAACUUUUCCCGCCUACUCAAGUUUUACCUCUGCAGCCUGCUGCACUGUCCGAGGCAUUGCCAUCUCAAACAGGUCAGCCAGCUGACUCUGGCGCAACACAAGAAGCAAGUCUUCCCUCUGAAUAAAUCCGACUUUUC